AUGGCUUCUCGGGCCAGCGUGCCUCAGGGUGGCGAUAGUGGUCACAGGAAGCCCCGCCUGGCAGCAUCACUGAAAACCCGCCCUGGGCCCAAGCCCUGGCGGCCCUCGGCCUCUCAAAGCCAAGAUCCCCUGGAGGACCUCAGCGUGGAGGAAGAUGCUGGUGGCAGACUGCCACAGGCCUCUGCGACGGGGGACGGACCCACCAGGGACUUCGGGACGACGGCCAGGCAGCUCAGAGACCCGCCCCCGGGCCAGGCCGUGGCCUUGCUCACGCAGUACGCGGCCAGCCAGGGUGCCUCCCUCGUCUUCCAAGAGGACCCAACGGCAGGCCCCUGCCCCCCCUUCUCGGUGAGCGUGGAGCUGGAUGGGGUUGUCUGCUCAAUGGGCAAUGCCAACGACAAGUCAGAGGCCAAGCGGCAGGCGGCUGUGUCUGCCCUCCGCUACAUUAGGACUCACCUGGAGGACCCAGAGCCCCCCAAGACCUCUGGCCAGCCACUUACACCGCUGAGUGCAGAGAGCAUUGUGACACACCAGCAGCGCUGUGCGGCCGUGGUCAGCGCUGGCUUUGACCGCCUGUUAGAUAAGAGCUCACCAUACUGGGCCUGCAAGGGAACCGUGGCUGCGGUUAUCCUGGAGAGAGAGGUCCUGGGUGCCAGGGGCCACGCUAAGGAGAUCUAUGAGCUGGUGGCACUGGGCACAGGCAGCAGUUGCUACAUGGGCUGGCUGGAGUUCGCAGGCACGUGUCUCCAUGACUGUCACGGGCUGGUGAUUGCCCGCCGGGCCCUGCUGAGGUUCCUGUUCCGGCAGCUUCUGCUGGUGACACAGGGGGGUCCUAGGGGUAAGGAGCGGUCAGUGCUGGCCCCCCAGCCUGGACCUGGGCCCCCCUUCGCCCUCAAGCCGGGGAUCUUCCUGCAUCUCUACGUCAGCAAUACCCCCAAGGGAGCAGCUCAUGAUUUCUACCUCCCGUCAUCCCCAAAAGGCAGCUUUCUGCACAGCCCCGUCUUCCGCCUGCAGGCCCACAUCCGUGGGCAGCUGAAGCCAGUGGACUACGUGGCCCCUGCACUUCGUGACAGCCAUGUGGGCUGCCUCUCAGCGAGUGACAAACUGGCCCGCUGGGCUGUGCUGGGGUUGGGGGGUGCCCUGCUGGCCCAUUUCCUGCCGCCUCUGUAUGCCACCAGCCUCGUUCUGGCAGACCCCUGCCAUGAUCCCCCGACACUAAGCAGGGUCAUCCAUACCCGACCCAACCUGGAUGGGCCUGAGCAGCUGUGCCUGCCGGCCCCCUACGUCCGUACCACCUUGCACCUGUUUGCAGGACCCCCUGUGGCCCCCUCCGACUCCACCUCCAGCCCCUGCCAAGGCCUGAGCCUCAACUGGAGUCUGGGGGAUUCUGACAUCGAGAUUGUGGACGUGACCACUGGGCGAGUGAAGGCAGAAGGAGCUCCUGGGCCUCCCUCCCGUCUCUGCAAGGCUGCCUUUCUGAGGGCCUUCCAGCAGGCCGCCCAAGCUCUGGAAAACCCCCACCUCCUGGCCUUGAGAACCUAUGAGGCAGCCAAGGCCGGACCCUACCAGGAGGCACGCCAGCAGCUGUCUGCUCUCCUAGACCAGCAGGGCCUGGGAGCUUGGCCUUCGAAACCGCUGCUAGGCAAAUUCAGAAUCUGA